GGGCUCUAUAAAGAGCGGCGGGCAGAAACCUCGGGACCCUUUGAACUCGUCCCUCAGACUUGCACGUAGCUCGCAGAGAUGUCCGCCAACAUGGAGAAGUUGAAUGUCUUGAUGUGCGGUACCGGUGAAUACACGACUGGAUGGACGGGAUCCGGGGCGUCGAAGUCGGACAAGAAGAUCGGCGUCGUUGGCCUAACAUGCUUCGAUCUGAGGCGACUGGGUAAGGUCGACAAGCUCGGAAUGGCCGGUGUCAGCGGCAGUAAAUUCCCUGCCAUUCGCGAACAUCUCGCGAAGAACAUUGGCGAGGUCUACAAGGAUAUGGACCUUUCCUUCGACAACUACCCGGAGGUGGACAAGUCGGACCCCGAAGCCUACAAGGCUGCGAUGGAAAAAAUGAAGCCAGGCGAGGCUGUCAUCAUUUUCACGCCUGACAGCACCCACUACCCCAUCGCAAAAUACGCCCUCGAGAGGAAACUGCACGUCCUCGUCACCAAGCCAGCUACUCAGUUGCUCUCGCACCACAUCGACCUCAUCGAGCUGGCGGAGAAGAAUGGUGUUAUAUGCUUCGUCGAGCAUCACAAGCGCUUCGACCCAGUCUACAGCGACGCAAAGGCGCGCGCCAAGACCCUCGGCGAGUUCAACUUCUUUAGCGCCUGGAUGAGCCAGCCGAAGAGCCAGUUGGAAACCUUCCGCGCCUGGGCCGGCAAGGACUCAGACAUCAGCUACUACCUCUCCUCCCACCACAUCGACAUCUGCUGCUGGAUCCUACAGGACCUCGCCAUCCCUACGCGCGUCACCGCGAGCGCCGCCGCCGGCAUCGCGACCUCCGCACCUUACAACUGCGUCCCGCAGACCGAGGACACGAUCACGCUGCUGGUUGACUGGCAAUCCGUGAAGAGCCCGACGCACCGCGGGACGGGGGUGUAUACGGCGAGCUGGACCGCGCCGUUGAAGGCGGGGGUGCAUUCGGCGCAGCACUGGUAUUAUAUGGCUGAGAAGGGCGACAUCACGGUCGACCAAGCGCACCGAGGAUACGACUCCACGAACGACGAGACCGGCAAGGCGUGGUAUAACCCAUUCUACAUGAAGUACUCCCCCUCCGAGAGCGGGCACUUCGACGGCCAGCGCGGCUACGGCUACGUUUCCAUCGAAAAGUUCAUCGACGCCGCGCGCGCGGUGAACGCCGGCCUCGCGACGCCAGACGAGUUCGACGGGCACGGGCUGCCGACGAUCAAGAAUACGGUGCUCACGACGGCGAUCCUGAACGCGGGCCGUAUCAGCCUCGACGAGAAGCGGAGCGUGAAUAUCGUGAAGAAGGGCGACGUGUGGGCGCUCGAGUGAGUGUGGGCGCCCGAGUGAACGCCGGCGUCUGUGUGAGGGGUUCAUAUGUUUGAGGGAAGGGGUUCAUGGGGCCCAUGAAUCCGCGGGAACGAGCUCACGGCUGCUUGAAGGGCCGACUUCAGACGCGGGAACGUCGGUGGCCUCGUCGAAUGAAUGGCUUCGACCCUGGAGAGCGCAUAGAAGGAGAAAACCGUGUACCUGUAAGCAGCGCCCAGUGUAUCAUAUUUCUAUCUAUCAGCGACCUGUCUAAUGGCUA